CCUUACACAAACGACUCGUGCGCGUGGCAUAACGCUCACUCCUCACCCAGACAAGGCCAUAUACUCUCAUUCUAUACCAGAUUGUGGUGCAGAGUGCAUACCCAUAGCUUGGCAACAUUAUCACAGCAAACAUCUACAAUUUCAGACAGUACCAUCAUAGGGCUUUGUAGCGACCACCAUCAAGCACUUUUUCUACAGACUAGAGCUCCGACACCUCAUACAUACAAUAUAGUAUACCGAUAUGUGGAGUUGUACUCGAAUAUUCACAACACUUGUGCUAUGCACAAGGUUUACCCUCGGGGCUCCUUUAGCUUCUCAAGGCCAUAUAAUAAAGCGCGCAGGCGCACCAGCAAUCAACGUUGAUUUCCCCGAUCCCUCAAUAUUGCAGGACACAGAUGGGACUUGGUAUGCUUUCGCAACAGCAGGAAACGGGAAGAAUGUCCAAGUUGCCAACGCCUCGGAUCCUCGGGGGCCUUGGACAUAUAUCGACACGGACUUGCUCCCAAAAGGUGGAGACUGGGAGACGGGUCAGAACACCUGGGCCCCGGAUGUGCACCUACUUGAUGAUGGCACGUAUGUAAUGUACUAUUCCGGCCAGGUGGGGAAUAAUACGGCUCACCACUGCGUUGGCACCGCCAUAUCCGAGACUGUGCUUGGGCCAUAUACGCCCGCCGAUCAGCCAUUCGACUGUGAUCUCAGUGUCGGCGGCUCGAUCGAUCCGUCCGGCUUUCAGGAUGCAGACGGCAAGCGCUACGUGGUUUAUAAGAUUGACGGCAACAGUAUCGGCCAUGGCGGAUCAUGCAAUAACGAUGUUGCACCGAUCAUUUCGACGCCUAUCUUGAUGCAAGAAGUUGACGCUGAUGGCACCACCAAGAUCGGCGAGCCGAUAGAGGUACUAGAUCGGACGGACGAAGAUGGCCCCUUGGUAGAGGCACCCACGAUCUUCCGGAACAGCAAGGGCAUGUACGUGCUCUUCUUCAGCUCUGGCUGCUUCACAGAGCCGACAUACAACGUGAACUAUGCCACGGCGUCUAGCGUGACAGGUCCAUACACACGGAGCGCGGUGCCCCUUGUCACUAGCGAUGAUUCGUUUGGCCUCACCGCGCCAGGCGGGGCGACCCCUCUGGUUGACGGCAGUGGCAUAGUGUUUCAUGCUGACUGUGAUGAAGGACGAUGCCUCUUCGAGAAUAAGAUUGGCAUGAUGGGCAAGAAAGUUGUUCUAGACGGGGUUGACGGCAUCGGCAUGUAGACGGUUUGUGUUGGCAUUUCCAGGAGCAUCGCAUGGAGUUCGGAAACUUGGAAAAGAUACCACCUUAAUGAUUUGAAUAAUACAAUCGCACAGAGAGCAGUGUUACGCACGUUCGUUGUUCCACAUUUUACAAACGGGAUUUACUAAGGUUAGAGCACUUCUCUUGCAGUAGUCUUCGAAUCUCCUAAGGUUAGUACACGGUAGUUUCGGUAUUGAUGGCCUCUCC